AUGGACGAGUCAUUGCCCGUCUUCGGAUCGACGUCGGUCGCCCCCUCAGGACCAUUUACUGCCGCUCAUGAGCUGGAUCGAACACCACAUCCAAGGGCUGCGUCGUCGCAGCAUCUUGGCACAGGACUAUUCACAUCAGGACAAACUACGAUGUCGUCGUUCUAUAGUCCUCACGACAUGGGGCCCCUCUCUCCGAGUGAGGGAGUGUCUCGAGCGGGGGACAACUUGAGACCGGGCAGUGGAGCGGCGAGCACCCCAUCUCCUGGUCAGAUUUCUGCCAUGAUGAUGCACAACCCAAAAAGAGCCUACAGACAAAGAAGAAAAGACCCGAGCUGCGAUGCAUGCCGGGAGCGCAAGGUCAAGUGUGAUGCGACCGAGACAUCGAGCUGUACAGAGUGUUCGAGUCGCAAUGUUCGUUGCCAAUUUACCAAAGACACAAACCGACGGAUGUCCUCUAUCAAGCUCGUACAAGACCUGGAGCGACAAUUAAUGGAAGCCCGGCAGCAGCUCGAGCGAUAUCAUUCAGUUGAGCGAAAUGCUGAUCUCUCCGCUGACCUUCGUCCCGAAACUGCCUCCUCGGCCUUUACUGAGUUCCCGUCUAUCGGCAAAUCGCCACGGAGGAUGUUGAAAGCAAGAGCACCUCAGGACCUCACAAGUGCCAGGACGCAGUUGAACGAUAUUGGUCGCGGUUUGUUGAAACCUCCAGUUACGGGCGUCCAACCUCGAUCACACACUACGCACACACGAAUUUCGGACCUACAGGGCUUGCCUUCGCAGCCCGUUGCAGAAAAUUUACUACACUAUUAUCACGAAUACAUUCACCGUCUUUUCCCCGUCCUAUACUGGCCCAAGUUUCAGCGAAACUUUGCAGCAGCGAUGGAAAGAGGCAACGUGCAAUCACUGCCGACAGAUUGGAUUGCGACUCUAUAUGCCGUCCUCGCAUGCGGCGCUCUUGCGACAAAAGACCGUGGCCGGGUCCCAGAGGCGCAGGAAUACCUGACAAGGGCAAUAUCCACCAUCAAUUUCUGGGAAGAUGACGUGUCUACAAAUCAGGCAAUCGUGGCGUUUCUCGCUAGCUUUGCGCUGAUAGAGAUGAACCGGAAAUCUGCCAGUUGGAUCUGGCUAGGCUCUGCGAUCCGCAUUGUCCAGGAUCUAGGUUUACAUGUACAGGGGGGUCAAUGGUCGCCGAUUGAGGGCGAAAUGCGCAAGCGCAUAUGGUACUCGUUCUACGUCUGGGAUCGCGUGCUUGCUCUGGAACUCGGAAAGCCGAUGCUCAUAAACGACGAUGAGUGCGAUACCGAGUACCCCGAAGUCCUCGACGAAGAGCGCCUGAUGUCCGACCAUUUGCACACUCCUCUGGCUCCUAAGUUACUACUGGCGCAUGUGCACAUAGCACGGCUUAUGGCGCCGCUGGCAAAAACCUUUCGUUCUCUGUGCAUCACCAGUGAGGCGCUGGCCAAAUUCGAGGGUCACCUGGGUGAAUGUCUGCUCUUGUUUCCCCGGCCACUACAACUCUCUUCGACGGCUCCCCUGGACCCAUGUAUCAUGGCCCCGCUUAUCUCUUUCCAAAAUACACGAAUAAUGCUCCAUCGCCAUAAUUUGUCUCCAUCGUGCUCUUCAGAGCAGAGAGCUCAAGCCAUUGAGCAGUGUCUUCAUGCUUCUCGCGAUACCGCAAGCAUCCUCUCAAGGUGCAUGAUCCCACAUGUUCAGUCGCAUGAGUGGGAGCAGCGGUUUGUCCUCUCUACGACCACGAUGCUUUGCACCCAUUUAUGGCGGUGCAUGCUCUUCCUGUUGUUUCGACAAGUUUAUGACGGGUUUUUUCUCCUUCUGAGAGCGGCUGCUGCAAUCAAUGACGCUCGAAGCAUCAACAUAUGCUGCGGCAGACACCUGUCCUUUUUCCUACGGUGUUUGAUUGAGAGAAUCGAGCAGCCGAGCAACAUUGACAUCGACCACGACGAGGAGUUGCUAGUUUACCUGUCUGCGGAUCUUCAAGCCAGUACAAAUAGCUGGGUCUGGGGCAACGCCGAGACGGGCACCCAUCUCAGUCGCCGUCAAAAGCACGGCAGACCAAGGCACCAAUUCAUUGAACAUGAUCCACAUUCCUCAGGGGCCCAGUCGCCGUCGUGGGACAAUAUGUUGUCUGAGGAAGAGCAACACGACUGGGGCGGCUGGCAGCACAUUGAGCAAUCAGCCAGAUAUCUCCAGCAGCUUUCGGAGAGGCAACACUAUCAACAGAACCAAAUACAUCCCGCGCCUCCCUCCUUACCUAUAUCACCAAUACCUAACGGACCAGGCCCAGGCCCAGGACCAUCAGGGCCAGCACUGGCACCGCUCAGCACCCCGACCGAAACGAACCCAGACCCGACCCGAGCACGAAUGAACCUUGCGAACAUCAUAUAG